GAUUUGAGCGAAUAUAUUACAGAAUCAAUUAAAAAUCUUGAGCCUGGUACUAGACUUUUUCUUAUAGCACAAGUUGAAAUCACCGAUAUCUCUAUUUCAGAUAAUCAAAGUUUUAAAAUGAUAGCAAAUAUGAUCGCUCAUAAUAUUAAAGAAGGCGAUGCAAUCGGGUUUACAACACCUUUACUUAAUGCUAAGAAUAAUCAGAGUGUUACUGAAGUCUAUUGUGAUGUGACCUACAAGACUGCAAAAGAAAGAUUCGAGUUAUAUGGACUCAUCGGUAACUUUGAAAACUCAGGAUACCCAUUAGCAUAUCUUAUUUUAGAUACUACAG